UACAAACAAUCCAAAAGUUGUAAAAUUCUGCAGUAUUUUGAUAAAAGAAUAGACUUUUUCGUGAAAAUUCACGAUUAAAAUGUAUUAAUUCAACACUAGAAGUGUUACAAGUUCAUCGAUCAAGCAUUCAGAAGCAAUAAUCGAGUUUAGAAGCGUCACCGAAGCUGUCAAAGUAGAAAUGAUACCGGUAAUCGUAGGAUAAUCGUUGAACAACUCACUAUAUUGAUAACUAUGAAUCAAAGACAGAGCUGCAAUUCGUAUUGAAAUUCAAACACAAAAACCUGAGUCGUAGGAAGGACCCAAUUCUACUAAAAUGGAUGCCCAAUUAUCAAACAUCGACGAAAGCGGUGCAAGCACUCUGAAUAGUAUCGGCAGCGUCAGUGCUCCAGAAAUCAUCACCGAUAUAGACAUAGAGCAUAUAAAAAAUGAAAUUAUGGGAGACGAUACAGAAGAAUCUUUCAGCUGUUAUUUGCUACGAAACCCUAACGAGUACAAAGAGAAGAUACAAUCCUGCGGUGAGAUUUUGAACAAACACCUUCAAGGUUUGAAUUCCGAGCAGAACGAGCAGACUUUCCGACAACUUUUAAAAUUCGCUGCAACUAUUGAGAAUCGUACUCGAAUGAAAUGGUUGUUCGAUAUUUUCAAUCAGUUCAUCGAGAAGAAAGUUUGGUCCGCUAGAAUGGUUUGCGAAUGUAUCCUGAAUUGUGAUAAAUUGGCGUUCAAAAGAGAAGAUUUCUGGAAUCUGAGUUUCGAAUUAAUCUUGAAAAACAUUCAUAACGUCGAUUACAAAGGUGUACGAGAGAUCAUGAAAGGUUGUUGCGAAAAAGCGUUAUCUCUACCUACCGAAAUCGAUAGCUCAAUAAUGCCACAAGUAAACAUCUUGCAAAAAGUCCUCGAAAUGAUAUUCAAUCGUGAAAAUUGUCUUUUGCCAGCCUAUUUCGUAAUAAACGAGAUCAGGAAACCUUACAUGGAGAAUGGAUCGUGGCCAUAUUGGAAAUCCAGUACAUUGAUGUCAGAUUUCGUUAAAAGCUUCCGGUACACGGCGCAAAUGGUCUCGAUAAUAGGACACGCCAGUAUGCUUCCAGUUGUUGAACAUUCGGGCUAUGGAGAUCACCUGAUUACUCCUUGGAAGCUGGAUCCUGCUUCUCUGAAAUUCAACGUUAAAGGAAAUAUUCCCUACGAUAGUUCGUUACUAGAACCUCAAACGAAACUAUUGAGAUAUGUUCUUGAGCAGCCUUACUCGAGGGAUAUGGUUUGCUCGAUGUUAGGUUUGCAGAAAGCUAAUAAACAUCAUUGCGCCGCUUUGGAAGAACAACUGGUGGAAUUGGUUAUCAACGCUAUGGAAAGAGUUGAAUCGAAGAGCAUUACCGAUCAAGACGAAAAUCAUUGGUUAUGGUUGCAUUUAUCCAGUCAAUUGAUUUAUUUUGUAUUAUUUCAAUUCGCAGUGUUUCCUAAUAUUGUUAAUGCGUUACAUGAGAAGUUAUCUCAGAGAGAGUUGAGAAAAGGACGAGAUCACUUGAUGUGGGUUUUAUUGCAAUUCAUCUCCGGCAGCAUCCAAAGAAAACCGUUGGAGAAUUUCCUUCCUGUAUUAAAACUGUACGACUUACUGUACCCUGAAACGGAGCCUUUACCAGUACCCGAUAUUAACAAUGCUCUUUGCACUCAUCAAAUGGCGGUUACUUGUAUUUGGAUACAUCUGCUAUGUAAAGCUCAAACCGAUAACGUCAAUUUACAAAGAAACAUACCAAAUAAUUUGAAAGCUCAUCACGAGUUUCUAAAAAUGCAAGUGGCUCCCAACUCGAACCUCGUCAUGGGUACAGAUUAUCGAAUCGCGUUACUGUGUAACGCUUACUCUACCAAUAACGAAUACUUAUCACGACCUAUGGCUGCCCUGGUGGACGCUGUACUAGGCUCUCAACGAGGAAACCAGCAACCUUCCACCAUGUCCAGCGGAUCUUUAUCGAAUAACGCUGCCCUACCCAGCGGUCCAACUACUCCUUUAUCUAUGGCUAUUCUGGAUUCGUUGACGAUCCAUGCUAAAAUGAGUCUAAUUCAUAGUAUUGUAACCUACGUUAUUAAAUUAGCUCAGUCUAAAUCUAAUAUGGCGCUGGCGCCGGCUCUAGUUGAAACAUAUAGUCGAUUAUUGGUGUACACGGAGAUAGAAUCUUUAGGAAUUAAAGGAUUUAUUAGUCAAUUAUUGCCGACUGUUUUCAAAUCUCAUGCUUGGGGAAUACUGUACACGUUACUGGAGAUGUUCAGCUACCGAAUGCAUCAUAUACAGCCUCAUUACCGGGUUCAAUUGCUUUCGCAUCUUCAUAGUUUGGCCGUAGUUCCUCAAACGAACCAGACUCAGUUACAUUUAUGCGUGGAAAGCACAGCUCUACGUUUAAUAACUGGUCUGGGGAGUAACGAAGUACAACCACAACUGUCUAGAUUCUUAAGCGAGCCUAAAACCUUGGUAUCGGCUGAAUCGGAAGAAUUAAAUCGGGCUCUAGUGCUAACUUUAGCUCGUUCUAUGCAUAUAACGGGCACAGGCAGCGAUUCCCAGUCUGGAAUGUGGUGUAAAGAAUUACUAAAUACGAUAAUGCAGAACACUCCUCAUAACUGGGCCGGACAUACUUUACAAUGUUUCCCUGCUUUCUUGAACGAAUACUUUCAACAAAAUUCCACUCAAAAGGAAAAUCGUCAACAAUUAAAAAAAUCUGUAGAAGAAGAAUAUAGGAAUUGGACUUCGAUGACUAACGAUAAUGAUAUAAUUGCUCAUUUCUCUGUACCCGGAACACCGCCUUUAUUUUUAUGUCUUUUAUGGAAAAUGAUCCUGGAAACUGAUCGAAUUAGUCCUAUCGCUUAUAAAAUUUUAGAAAGAAUUGGAGCGAGAGCAUUAUCAGCUCAUUUAAGGAAAUUCUGUGAUUAUUUAGUUUUCAAGUUCUCUCUAUCGGAGGAAAGUCAACAUGUUACUAAAUGUGUAGAUGCUAUAAAUAGCAUGAUAUGGAAAUAUAAUAUCGUAACGAUCGACAGACUCGUAUUAUGUUUGGCUCUGAGAACUCAUGAAGGAAGCGAAGCCCAAGUAUGCUUUUUUAUAAUACAAUUAUUAUUAUUCAAAGGAGCUGAAUUUAGAGCUCGUGUUCAAGAAUUCAUCAAAGAGAAUUCUCCCGAUCAUUGGAAGCAGUCUAAUUGGCACGAGAAACAUCUAGCAUUCCAUCGCAAAUAUCCCGAAACGUUCGCAUCAGAAGAGCAAAGUUCUAGCACAUCGCCCUAUCAAUCUUUGCCCGUUUAUUUUGGCAACGUUUGUCUGCGAUUUUUACCGGUUUUCGAUAUCGUAAUCCAUCGAUACUUGGAACUGCCUCCGGUAACGAAAUCGCUGGAGACGUUGUUAGAACAUUUGGGUUGCUUGUACAAAUUUCAUGAUAGACCUGUUACUUAUUUAUACAACACGCUGCAUUACUACGAACGCAAACUGCAAGAUCGACCAUUGCUCAAACGUCGUUUAGUGAACGCAAUUUUAUCACCGUUUUGCGAAUCUCGAUCUCCAGGCGGAAGCUUAUCCGAACAAUAUUUGCAAUAUAUGAAAGUAGAUACUCCAUCGUGGACUCCAGAGUUGGAUUAUUACAUCAAUUUGAUUCAAAGAUUAGUCGACACUAUUUCUGGUAAAACCCAAUUCUCAUCGACGGACUGGCGUUUCAACGAGUUCCCCAAUCCGGCCGUUUACGCUUUGUACAUGACCUGCGUCGAAUUAAUGGCUUUACCUUCGGCUUUCAGCGAAGUCGCUAAUAAUAUAAUCAACGUGGUUACCGUCGGGUAUCCGGUAAUACCAACAAAUCAAAUACAACUAUGGAUCAAUUGCAUCGGUCUCGUGAUGUCCGCUCUACCAGAUUCUUAUUGGCUAGUUCUUCACGAUCGUUUGGUCGAAACUAUAACGUGUCCUCGUCUUUUACAAUGGGAUUACGAUAGAUCGCCGUUCGAUAUGUUUAAUUUCUCCGAAGUGAAUAAUUCGUGGGUUGAAAAUAAAUUCGUGUAUGUGUUAGCGGUUGCUCAAGCAAUGUGGCAUCACGCCGGCGUCGGACAAAUAUCAGCUGUACCUCAAUUCGUAAAAGAGAAAUUGACUCCGGUUAUUCGAAGUGAAGAACAGUAUAUUUUUCUGUGUCAUUUGAUCGGUCCGUUUUUGUCGAGGUACAACGUAGAUCGUCCUUCGCCUUGUAUAUUGGAUCUAACUGUUGAACUAUUCAAUGCUUUGGAGCAAGUCAACUCGAAUAACAAAGAGUUCAAGUAUAUCGAUCCGAUAUGCGAUUUACUAUAUCACAUUAAAUACCAAUUCGUCGGCGAUCUAAUGAAAUCCGAAGUAGAAGGAAUCAUUCGUAAACUACGUCCAGCGUUGCAGAUGCGUUUACGUUUCAUAGCCCAUUUGAAUAUCAGCGAAAUACAGCAACAGUAACUUUGGUUACAAUACAUGUCGAAUAAUUCUCACUUUGGUUGGAUUCUGCCAACGUAUAGAUUGAUUUCAGAAACCAAUAGAGGAAUAUUUUAAUCAUCCGAAGGUGAAGACUUGACUGAGCAAGAUGCACGACAGAAUACAAGUUCAUCUCUGCUACGAUGAGAGAUCAAUUCAUCACAAAAGAGACGAAAAAUGAGUAAUAUUUUUAUACGUAUGUACAUAGAACGCCAGUUGUGAAUAAUUGUUAGAAUAUGAUGUACUUACUCUGUUAAAAUCAAAUCACCGUACUUGAAAAUAAUACAUUUUUUUAUCAUUUUUAAA